AUGGCGAAACUCUGUCUUGUGUCCCUUGGCUAUGCUACUGGGAAAGACCAGUCCCCAGAAAAGAUCCUCAGUGGGAUGAAUGCACACAGUAGUUACAACAAUGGGCUCAAGCACAGGAAGGGUUAUGAGGACCAUGCAAGACUGGACAAUCACUUGUCCUGUUGCAUUGAGGUCACUGCGCGCGUUUCCGCCGAGCAGCGGCGGGGCUGCGCAUGCGCACGCGCGGCGCCCGCUCAGUCCGCGCGCCGGCCUCCGCGGGCGAUCAUGGAAACGAGCCUGCUGCGCGAGUUCCCGUUGCUCCUGCCCCAGAACCUACAGAAAACCGUCUAUGAAGGGUUCAUUUCAGCUCAGGGCAGGGAUUUCUCUGCCAGGUGUGUAAUGGUGCAUACAGUACAGCUGAAGAAUGCGAGAUUGCACUGUAGUUGGCAGCUGAAGGCAAUACUAAGUCGAUACCAGCACAUAAUACAACAGAGAAUGCAGCAUUCUCCUGAUCUGGUGAGCUUUAUGGUGGAGUUGAAGAUGAUCUUGGAAGCUGCUUUAAAGAAUAAGCAAGAGCUGCACGCACCCCCUCCCCCCCAGUACUACUCCGGCCUCCUUCAAGAGCUGGGAACACUCGGCUGGGACAAACUCGUGUAUAUGGAGAGUUCCUUCAGCACCUUGAAGCUGAAAGCCAAAGAUACUUCCGGUAGAGAGCACCUGAUCACUCUCAGGCUGAAGGCGAAGUACCCAGCAGAACCACCAGAUUGUGUCGUGGAUUUUCCUGUACCCUUUCCUGUUUCUUGGACGCCCCAGAGCUCCUUAGGAAGCAUUCACAGUCAGUUUUUGGCAGCGUUGGACUCACUGAAGGCAUUUUGGGACGUUAUGGAUGAAAUCGAUGAGAAGACCUGGGUGCUUGAGCCGGAGAAACCUACGCGGAGCGCAACAGCACGCAGGAUUGCGUUGGGGAGUAAUACUUCCAUCUACAUCGAGGUGGACCCCAGGCACCCCACGAUGCUCCCCGAGUGCUCCUUUCUUGGAGCCGACCACGUGGUAAAGCCCCUGGGAAUUAAGCUAAGCAAGAAUAUACAUUUGUGGGAUCCUGGAAACACUGUGUUACAAAACUUGAAGGAGGUGUUGGAAGUGGAUUUUCCGGCUCGCGCUGUCCUGGAGCAGUCGGAUUUCACUAUGGAUUGUGGAAUUUGCUAUGCUUAUCAACUGGAUGGUGUAAUUCCUAAUCAAGUGUGCGAUAGCCCCCAGUGUGGACAACCUUUCCAUCAACUAUGCUUAUACGAGUGGCUAAGAGGACUGUUGACCAGCAGACAGAGUUUUAACACGAUAUUUGGUGAAUGUCCGUAUUGUAGUAAGCCGAUUACGCUGAAAAUGUCUGGGAGGAAACCCUGAAAAGAGACCGCAACACUUUUGUGAAGAAAAGGGGCCUUUGGAAAUUACCAAAAGGAUUUUAUUUGAUAUCCUCAGAGUAAAUAUAAAGCAAGAAAUAUUAACAUCAAAAGAAAAAGUAUGAGUAAGCUGUAAAAAUACACCUGCGUCGUGGCCUCUUCACUGUGGGUCAACUGGGAAGGACUUUUGAACUCUGCCACCUCGGUGCCCAGCGUGGAGGAGCCAGGCCCAUCCCAGACUGGAGGUCUUGCUUGGCUGUUCUUAUGUGCCCUGGGGACAGCUUGAGGGUAUUCACAAAAUGGAGUUGGGGGUUGUAUACAAAUAUAUUUUUGCCGGGAAUUUUUCACUUCGUUCAGACAUUCUUGCAGUUCAUGAUAUUUUUGUCUUCUCCUUGCACUUUCCUAAGAAAAAUACGUACAGUUUGUUAACUUUGAGUCAUCCAAGUACUGGUGUUAUCUGCUGUUCGGAGAUGCUCAUCAGCAAAACUCAUUCUACACCAUCAAGAUGUUUGUGGUUUGCAUUUUUCCUGAUAAAUUAUUUUUGAGGUAGAAACCCUGGGUUUUUGCGUUUGUGCUCUCUGGCAUCCAACAACCAACUUGUUCAGUUGGAUUGGUUCUUUAAACCAUAUACGGUAGGCUGAUUCUUAAUUAAAAAGGGAUAGACAUCUAACUAGAAGAUUUUAAAAGUAUUACUUUUAAAAGUUAACUUCAAGUACCUGGAGCUGAAGCUGAUAUAUUCAUCUAAAAGUAGGCGAGGCUAUUCAAGCUGACAGCUUGGCAAGGCGGAAAUGCAAACGAGGCUUGAUCUUACGGGAGUGAGGCAGUCCUAGACAGAGAGCUUUUGGAUAGUUAUAUUCAGUAUAGCGAGCCUCGGCAUUUUGCAUAUCCUAGAAAUGGAUUUUCUCUGUAUACUGAGUUCAGGAUAAGGCCGAAAGAGCUGGAGGAACUGUCCCAGGAGCGGAUAUUGUGACAUGCUUUUUCAAAGGCUCCAUGUACAGACCAAUCAUUAUAGAUAGUGACGAAACACAAAACUGCCUAAAGUGGGAGCAACCAAUAUGUGAAGGUGAAUGGAUAAAUAAACACCUGAUUUAACACCACUGAAGAGAGAAGGUCAGUGAACUUUGAGGUCAGAUGAAAGAAAAUAUCCACACUGAAACAUAGCGAGCUAAAAGAUUGAGUAUUAAAAACAAACCUCGCCUCAGAUAUUUUCUGGAAAACAACAUCAAGCAUCCUAACAACACAUCUUGGGGUCUGAAGGUAGUGGGGAGUAAUAAGGGAUGAAACACAUGGAGAAGAUGGGAGUGAGUACGUCCCACCAUCCAGUUAUCCCCACAAAGUACACACACGCAAGGAUCAGAACACUCCAAGUUGAAGUCAAGAAAGCAGAAUGGCGGGGGACAAUGGGACAAGAGGGGUGACCUAGCAAUGAGUUGCCUACUCCCUCCUAUCACCCCACCUCCCACCCCUUAUUCUGGUGCCUCCAGUGUCUCCUGGCCUGGGUCCCAGGGCAACCUACAAUCCAUCUGGGAGGGCCAACUAAGCAAAGGUCCAAGAAGGAGAAAGUUCUACAAGACACAUUUAAAAAAAAAUCUUCAUCCUGAGAAGUUCUUUAUAGGUCAGAUCAAGUCAUACCAAAUUAUUUUCCCAGAUCAUUGCGGUACCAUGUUUUUAAUAUCUGCAUGAAAAACGUUGGCUGUAAGAGCACUAGUAAUUCAAGUAUGGAUAACCCGCUACCCUCAAAUACUACCAAAACAUCAGAGAAGUGGUGAUAUAAUAUAGUGAGAGGCCAUCAGAAACCCAACCAUGACCGCAUGUCCCAUCAGGAGUCACCAGUACUGGGACCCGUGGAAGAGCGAGCACAGGAGACUCCUGGCGAUACCUGCGGCGAAUGUGUCCCCAGAGGGUCACUAGAAUUAUCAUCCUACUUAACUUCUUUUUUUAAUGCUUCAUUUUGCUUUGGGUGAAAUUGUACCUGGUAAAUUAGCCUUUCAGCCAGUACUUCAUACAGGAGCUGUUCCUCAGUGACACUGCCUGCAGUGUGUCAGCACUCUCCAUUGCACCCGCUCCCUCAUCCCACUGGUCCAGCACAGAGCUCUUGGCUCUCCCUGCUGCAAUCCAGAGGCUGCGGAGCUGGUGGGGGGGAGCCUGGGGAAGACUAGCACCACCCUGCACUAAGCAGGCAGCAGACGUAGACGUCCUCCCUGGGUGGCGGUGGAGGCCUCAGGACCAGCUCCACACUACUAAGGUGGCGCCCUGUCCCCCUGAGUUGUAGAGAUUGUGAGGCAGGGUCCUCCUGUCUACCACUCCCACCAUACAUGAUGGGCGUGUGGUCUCUUUCCCUCCACUGCAGACACUAGAGAGACUAGUGCACAGGGCAUCCUCCCAACUAGAUCACCCCGCUCUCCAGAAUCGAGAUCACUACUAGAGCAAAUUAGCAAAGACGAGAAGAACGGAGUCGCGGUAGACCCCAGUGGGACACAACUGAUGUCAGAGCACUUCACCUCAACCCACAGGCGGUUGGGGACGUGACCUUUGCCAGUGCACUUGGACCUUUCACCAAGAUGUAGGCCACAUCCUCAUGGGACAUAAAAUACACCCUAGCACAACAAAAAUUGAAAUUAUACAAAUUACCUCAUUAGACUACAAGAAACUUAAAGUAGAAAUCAGUAAUAAGAUAAUCUAUCUUUGAACACUUGAAAAUAUACAGUACAAGCCUAUGAAACCCAGGAGGGAAAACAAAAUAAAAACAUCGAAAAGAAAGUAUUUUGGAACUGGAUGAAAUGAAGAUAGACCAUAUCGAUUACACAGGAUGUAUGUAGUCAGAAAAGGUAGGGCAUUUAUAGUGUGAAAUGCUUAUUUUUUUAAAAAGGGAUUCAAUUGGAAUAUGCUAAGGUUCCAACCUAAACUAGAAAACGAACCUAAAUCAAGAUGAAGGAAGGAAAUCCUAGGUAAAGCUCCGGAUACUGGAAAAUAACAUAUUUCUAAAUGGGUCCUAAAGGAGUUUCAGGGGGGAAACACACACGACUGAACUGAAUGAAAAUCAAACAUUAAAAUAUGGUAUAUGCCUGGUGCAGUGCUUAGAGGAAAAUAAUACUUAUUACUUAGAAAAAAAAUCUGAAGUCAAUCAUCCAAAUUUCUUUUUUUUUUUAAACGAAGAAUUUUUUUUUUGGACUCAAAAUAGUAAAUUUAAGUUAAGAAAGUGAUGAUGGCAACAUGUGUACAAAUAUGCUUGAAACAAUUGAUACGGAAUGUUAUCCGUAUUUGUA